UUUUGACCUGAAGAUGAUAGAGGAUCAACAGAUUCAGGAAGAGUUCUGUGCUCUCCCCUUAACUGUCUGAAAGCAGGGCAUGAUUGAGGAUGGGGAAUCAACACCAAGAUGAGUUUGCAAAAACCAGCCUUCCUAAAAUAGCCCUUAUCUUCCAUUAGUUUCCCCCAUAUACUUCCUAGUCACUUCCCCACAAUUUAUUGUCCUGUGACCCCAAACCCUCUUUACUUUGUUAAAAGGGUAUAUAAGACCCCUAAUUUAACCUCAGGUCUUAUUUGGGUUUCACUUCUUUUUGUAAACUCCUGUGCAGGUAAAUAUUAAUACAAUUUUUGCCUUUUCUCCUGUUAAUCUGCGUUUUGUUAGUUUAAUACACAGGUUUCCUGAUACUGAACAUAAGAGGUAGAAGAAAAGAUUUUUCCCUUUGACAAAAGCACUGCCAUUUCUUUGGCUAAUAACCCUCUAUCUUCACCUCUACAUCCCAUCUGACCAACAUUCGUAGUCUCUCACCCUCUUUCCUCUCUUAGGAUCUCUGGUUGUCAGAAACUCCAGUCUCUUUUUAGCAUCUCUUCUUCUCUCAGGAGGAAGACUCUUCACAUCUGGAGCUUGGGAGACUUGGUCCAAUAAAAUUCCCCUUGCACAUAUUGAGCUGGUCAAGGCCCUAACUGACAUACUGUACGUGGGUGUGGAGGUGGAGGACUAACAUUUAUUAAGAGCUUCAUGUGUGCAAAGCAUAAUGCUAAUGGCUUAAUGAGCAUUAUUUCAUUUACUUUUCAGAACUAUCCUAUUUUUUCCCUCUGUUUUACAAGGGGCUUAACAAGGCCAAGCAAUUUGUCCAAGUUACAGGGCUAACAAGUGACUGAUCCAGGAAUCAAACCUCAGCCUUCCUGACUCCCAGGCACAAUCUUUGAUACACAUCACAUUUGUCCAGUGUUGGGGUGAGGCUCUAUGUCUUAAAUUAGAACAGAGACUAUGAUGAGGAGUGUGGGGGUAAGGGGGAGCUCUUUUAGGCUAUAGUUAUGGUUUCCGGGAAGAGAAGGUAUUUUGGCUGGACCUUGAAGAAGUAGGAUUUAAUUAGGCAGAAAUGGGGGGGCACCCCAAAAACCAGAAUGAGCAAACAGAGACUGGAAAGGGCAGAGAGUGUUGAGGGAAUUACAGGUAGUCUGCCAUGACUGGAGUUCUCUGGGGGGAAGGUGCUCCCAGGUCUUCAGGGUCACUCAUUUCCCAACCUGACUGCCUGGGCGGGGGAGGUGUCUCCUCUGCAGACACACCAACUGCAGAGCUGCUGUCCUGAAAACCAGGCCCAUGGACCAGGCAGGAAUCCUGAGGAAACAAUGUGAAGAUUUCUGGCCUGGCAUGCUUGGCAUCCGCGACCACAGGGAGCUCCAUGGCCCCUUGACCCCUUGCUGACAUCCCAGGGCACAGAGACGGACCGCUAGUAUUAUCGCUGGUGAUUGGUUGGAGUGGCGAGUCAGGAAAAUGGCUGCGAGUCCCUCUGUAGUCCCUAUGGCUGCUCCGGUGAUGCCGGUCCUGUCAUCGAGCAGCGAUUUCUCAAAUUUGCGAGAAAUAAAGAAGCAGCUACUACUCAUCGCGGGCCUUACCCGGGAGCGGGGUCUACUGCACAGUAGUAAAUGGUCCGCGGAGUUGGCCUUCUCGCUCCCUGCCUUGCCUCUGGCCGAGCUGCAGCCGCCGCCGCCUAUUACAGAGGAGGAUGCCCAGGAUAUGGAUGCUUAUACCCUGGCCAAAGCCUACUUUGAUGUUAAAGAGUAUGAUCGGGCAGCACAUUUCCUGCAUGGCUGCAAUAGCAAAAAAGCCUAUUUUCUAUACAUGUAUUCUAGAUAUCUGUCUGGAGAAAAGAAGAAGGAUGAUGAAACAGUUGAUAGUCUAGGUCCCCUGGAGAAAGGACAAGUUAAAAAUGAGGCACUUAGAGAAUUGAGAGUGGAACUUAGCAAAAAACACCAGGCUCGGGAACUUGAUGGAUUUGGCCUUUAUCUAUAUGGUGUGGUGCUUCGAAAACUGGACCUGGUGAAAGAGGCUAUUGAUGUGUUUGUGGAGGCUACUCAUGUUUUGCCUUUGCACUGGGGAGCCUGGCUAGAACUCUGUAAUUUAAUUACGGACAAAGAGAUGCUGAAGUUCCUGUCUUUGCCAGACACCUGGAUGAAAGAGUUUUUUCUGGCUCAUAUAUACACAGAGUUGCAGUUGAUAGAGGAGGCCCUGCAAAAGUAUCAGAAUCUCAUUGAUGUGGGCUUCUCUAAGAGCUCAUAUAUUGUUUCCCAAAUUGCAGUUGCCUAUCACAAUAUCAGAGAUAUUGACAAAGCCCUCUCUAUUUUUAAUGAACUAAGGAAACAAGACCCAUACAGGAUUGAAAAUAUGGACACAUUCUCCAACCUUCUUUAUGUCAGGAGCAUGAAAUCAGAGUUGAGUUACCUGGCUCACAACCUCUGUGAGAUUGAUAAAUAUCGUGUGGAAACAUGCUGUGUAAUUGGCAAUUACUAUAGUUUGCGUUCUCAGCAUGAGAAGGCAGCCUUAUAUUUCCAGAGAGCACUGAAAUUGAAUCCUCGGUAUCUUGGGGCAUGGACACUGAUGGGACAUGAGUACAUGGAAAUGAAGAACACAUCUGCUGCUAUUCAGGCAUACAGACAUGCCAUUGAGGUCAAUAAACGGGACUACAGAGCCUGGUAUGGGCUUGGACAGACCUAUGAAAUCCUCAAGAUGCCAUUUUACUGCCUUUAUUAUUACAGACGGGCCCAUCAGCUUCGGCCGAAUGAUUCUCGUAUGCUGGUUGCUUUAGGAGAAUGUUAUGAGAAACUCAAUCAACUAGUAGAAGCCAAAAAGUGUUAUUGGAGAGCUUACGCCGUGGGAGAUGUGGAGAAAAUGGCUCUGGUGAAACUGGCCAAGCUUCAUGAACAGUUGACUGAGUCAGAACAAGCUGCCCAGUGUUACAUCAAAUAUAUCCAAGACAUCUACUCCUGUGGGGAAAUAGUGGAGCACUUGGAGGAGAGCACUGCUUUCCGUUAUUUGGCACAGUACUAUUUUAAGUGCAAGCUGUGGGAUGAAGCUUCAACUUGUGCCCAAAAGUGUUGUGCAUUCAAUGAUACCAGGGAAGAAGGCAAGGCCUUGCUCCGGCAAAUCCUACAGCUUCGGAACCAAGGGGAGACUCCCUCCACUGAGAUGCCUGCUCCCUUUUUCCUCCCUGCUUCACUUUCUGCUAACAACACUCCCACACGCAGAGUUUCUCCACUCAACCUGUCUUCAGUCACACCGUAGUUGGCUGUUUUCAAGCCAGCAUACUACUAGACCCAUGUUAAGCCUUACUUCUGUGUAAGGAAUGGCCACAUCUGUUCUUCCAAGGACCUUAGUUGUCCGUUUGUACAGAUGGAAACAGCUCCUUGGGGAUGGUUUACAGAAUCUGACAGAAUAAUCCUGGCAGGAACGGACAUGGUCUUUUGCCGGUUAGAAGCACUUCUGUUUCCCUUCUGUUCAGAGAGUGGCUACGGAUCCGGGCCUUCUUCCCAGACCUUUUCUCCCCAUCUAAAAAACAUCCCUUUAACAGCACUUUAGUACAGGCAAGGCUUACAGAAACCAAGUUUUAAUGCUGCUGGGAGUGAGAGAUUUCUUUAGGGAGGGAUGGAAGGGAGAACAGUGUGCCACUCUACCCUCUGCAGGCAGUAGGGGCACUGGAUACCCUAGGAAGGUGAGGGUACCGGAUAGACAUGACCUCAUCAUUCUGGAUUUACUGAGCAUGACUAUGCUGUCAGAGGUAAGAUUUAAACGGAAGCUACACAUUUGUUCUUGCUCUGGGGGGACAUUCUUCAGAAACAUAAUUUUAAGAACUCUUCAUAGAAAUUUUCAUAUUGGAAUUAACUUACUAGAGUUGAAUGAAAGAGGGGGCAAAAAGAAUCUUACUUUGCAUGGAACUGUUGAUGGCAAAAGAGCCUAUGGAGUUACCUAUACUCUUACUAAAGCGAAGCAAGGAGUCAGGAUUACAGAUAAUUUCAUGGAUUUUCAAGAGGUGUUAGGUUUUGUGACCGUAUAGACAAGAAUAAACCCAUUUCAACCUGGUCUGUUGUAAUAAAUAUUUUCGAUGUAGUUA